AUGUCUCAGCAACACAGUCCAGCAUCCUCAAGAUCACCCCAUUCCGCGGGUGACCAAACGAGCGCAGGCGGUUCACCGCGAGUCCCUUCCCAAGGCGACUCUAAAGCCCUAUCAGAUGAUCGUACGGAAACCGAGACAAUAAGCGGAGACGGCACGAUUGUCGAUAUGUACUCCUGUGUUGGAGAGGAUGGCCGAACAUAUCAAGGCUACCAGCCUGGCGGUGAGGAGACUGAAGCCCCAAAGGCGGAGCAACAUCGACUUGACUUUUCUCACGCCCUGUAUCGGCUUAUGCUUGAUGACAAGCUUGCCGCAGCUCCAAUACGGGAACCUGAGCACGCACUUGACAUCGGGACAGGAACGGGUAUCUGGGCGCUACAAUUUGCUGAGGAAAACCCAACAUGUCAAGUCACUGGGACAGAUCUCAGCUUGAUCCAGCCGUUGUCCUGGAUGCCAAAUUGUCAAUUCGUGAUGGAGAACUCUGAGCUGCAGGACUGGUUAUUACCCCAUAAGCUCGACUACGUCCACCUGCGAGGCAUGACAGCAUGUUUCAACGAUGUCACAACAGUGAUGCGAAGGUCCUUCGACGCCCUGACAGCCGGAGGCUGGAUCGAGUUCCAGGAGGGCUGCUUCCAUCUGCACGGCGUGCCCAACGACGAUGCCCUCGAGGGUACCGCGAUCGGGCGGUGGUGUCAGAUGGUAGCUGCUGGCGCAGCAAACGCAGGCCGCGAUCUGACCAAAGCGCGACUGUACAAGCAGCAGCUUGCGGAGACCGGUUUCGUCGACGUCCACGAGCAAGUGAUUCGCGUUCCCGGUGGGCCCUGGUCUGAUGAAAGCAAGGCGAAACUAAUGGGCGCCUACCUGGCGAACACAUUUUUAAUGGGCGCCAUCGACAGCUUCAAGAAACUUCUAGGUGCCGCCAGGGAGUUGUCUCCCCCUGAGAUGGAUGAGCUGACUGAGCAGGUCAAGCAGGACGUCCAAAAUCCGGAGAUCCGCUGGUACAUGCCGAUGUACAUCGUAUACGGCAGAAAACCAUACGAAGGGGAGGUUGCUGGCACUUAA